AUGGUUUUGCGGGUCCUACCGUCUCAGUAUGCGCGGUCGGCUGACGGAGUACCAGGUGUGUCUCCUAUUGUCGUCUUCUAGGGCUCCCGUGUGACAAGUGGUGGACUGCCGCGACAUCGAGUGCGGGCUCGCUACGGUCUUUAGAGGGGCUAGUCGGCGCUUCUCGGUUGCUCUCGGUUCUCCGUCGUUUUGAGACAUUGUCCCUGCUAGUACCGUCUUUCAAACGAGGUCGAUUACGGACUCGCUCCUACGUUCUCUACCUCUCGGUCUGCGUCUCGUGUAAUUUGGCACACCUGGUGCUACGAGAUGUCUUCAGGAUCUGGUGGCCUUUUCCGGGGUCGGUGAUCAUUCACGGGGUGUGAUUGCAUGUGCGGUGCAGCAGCGGGCUCCUCUGCGAUCUUGUCCUCGUUCGGUGUCUAGCUGGGUUUCUUCCUCGCCCGGUCUGUGUUCCUCUCUUCUCGGGUCGCUCUCUGUCCCGUACGGGGAGGUAACAUUCUCCUCAACUCUCUUCCUGCAGAGGGGUGGCGCUUUUCUAUGACACUCCCCACCGUGCUUCUCGGCGACUUCCUCGUCUACGUGCUUUCCUCGGUGCCUCUCUUUCCCGCUCUGCUUCCUGCUCGUCUUUGAUCUCUUGCCCCUCUUUUGCUUCGUCUGCUCGUCGCAUAAGAGCCUCUGCUUUCUCGCUCCUCUCUUCCUCUCUCUUUCGAUGAUCCUCCUCUCUUGUGGGGGAGGCCUCCCUCUUUUCCCAGUCAGUGUAGUUUAGGGUAGGUUGCUGGUUGCCCGGCGCAAUGCGCCUGGCGGUCGCUCCUCUGCUUUCGUCUAGUGAGGAUAGAAGGUUGCCCUGCUCUCUUCGCUCUAUCUUGCCUGUCGGUUCGCUCUCCCGUUGUGGUCAGAUGGAAGGUACGACUCUCUUUUCUUCCCUCCGGAGAUGUACGGUCCUCGCGGAUCCUACUCCCCGGUGUGCUAGAUGUUGGUGUAGGGGGCGGGGGUUUGCUGAUGGGUUCCCAAGAUGGUUGGAUCCGCUCUUCGUUAUUUAGGGGGGUGGACGAGUGGUGCGGGAGGGAGUUUAUCCCAUGCGUCCCCCUCUUAUCCCCAUCUUGUCCCUCUCUCCUCCUCCUCCUAUUUAUCCUCUCUUUCCCUCUCUCGGGGGGCCCGUCGUCCUUCCUCCUCUCACUCUCUCUCGCUCCGCGUCGUGGCUCUCGAUCUCUCCUCGUACGCUCGCUCCUCUUCUUUGCUCUCUUCUCUUGAUCUCUUCCCGUCGCUUUCUGACUCUCGUCUCUGCUUAGGGCAGCGGGGGAGUCUGUCUCCUCGCCUCCUCCUCUCUAAUUUGGCGUCUGUUGUCCAUCUCUGUUUUCAUGGGGCUGCAGACACCUCAUGUAGUUGCUACGUGUGAUUUGGUUGGGUUUUAUUCCGGAAGGAAACGAAGAGAAAAAGAAGGAGAAGAGGUGAGGAGGGGAAGGACAUAAGAGAGGGGACAAGCAAAAACAAGGCGAAGGGGGUGGGUGCUUGGAUGUUGUCUUCUCCUCCCGUGUCUUUCUUUUGGACUCAUUGUGGUGCCUCUCUCCCCAAGUCCUCUCUUGCUCUCUCUCUGGUUUCGUUUUCAUUCUGUCGCUCCUCGAUGUUCGUACUGUGAAUUGUUUACGUGGAUUGAUCUUGGUGUAGUCGUGGGCAUUCUUUGAUUUUUCGUCGUUUGGGGAGGUCGUUUGGUAUUCCAGUGUAAUCAGACGGCGUGGAGAGUCUUGGCGCCUCUCUCUCUUCCUCCCUGUAUAGUUGCCCUCUCCUUCCGCCUCCCCUUGCAGGCUCUAUCAGGAGGACAGCAAGUGUGAAUCCGUCUCUGGGGGUCGGCUGGUGCUGGCAGUGUUUGUGCCCCGCCCUGCGGAGCCUGCUCUCCGAUGGCCUCAAGCCCCACCAGAGUGAUUUGGAUCUCGGGGCAAGGAGGCCCAAACUUCAGCCUUGGGGACUGGUCCACAGGUCCUACCACCAGGCCAGGUAUGGAACUCUGGAGCGCAGUACAGAGGGGGUUGGCAAGAAGAGCAAUAGACAGCAUAGGAGGGCUAUGGUUGUUAUACACCCCUCCCAUUUCCAUCUAUUAUAUAUCUCUAUCUAUAUCCAUCCGCUCUCCUCUAGUUCUCUUUCCUCAGAUAUGAUGGCCGUACACCUAGCCAAUCUCUCAAUAUCUCUCUUCCUCUUUCCCUCUCUCCAAUAUGGUAUCUCUUCUCACCCUCCCCAGACGUAAUGUGGGUUCAUAGUACUGUCAGUCUCGGAUCUCCUCUCUCCUCUCUCGCUCCAGUCUGGCACUCUUAUUCUGCAGUGUGAGUCAUCCUUUCUCUCUCUCUCUCUGAUUAUCACUCUCUCCCCUCCUCUAUUCCCCCUUAUUCUCUCCUUCUCACUAUUCUGGUGAUCAGGGUUAUUCCAUUGACUCAGUACUUGUUCAUUUCAAUUUCAAUUUCAGUCAAUUGUGGCCAAAGGUAACAUGAUAGUGAUUUGUUCACUGUGCCAAAGCUACUAAGUGUUUUUUCUUUCGUCUGAUCUGUGUUCCCCUCCUGUCCCUCCAGGGCCCAGCACUCAGUCCCUGCACAGCCUACAGGCUAGAAUAGGAGAGCUGCCCCAGCUCAGGCAGAACAAACACAGGUUCAACGCCUUCCUCCUCGGCCUCCUCAAGUAAGACCUGGCUCUUCUCUCCUAGGGUUUUUCUGUUUGACUUUUUAAAUUUCCAAUUCUCACCUGCUUCUUCUCUCUCUUGUUCAGCAUCAAGCUUCUGGAUUUCUGGCUGUCCCAUCUCCAGUCAUGCAGUGGUAAGUCUCUGAAGCCUAAAGUUCAUGUCCGCAAUCUAUCCGUUUGAAUAUUAAUAUGUUAUAACCGUAUUUAAUCUCCUCCCCUCCCACGGCGAGAGCACAACCAAAAAGAGCGGAGAGCGAAGCAAACAGAAAACACACCCUAUUCUCUCCUCCCUCAACCCCCACCCCUCUCUCUCCUCCCUCCCCCCCACCCCCUAGCUCUCCUCCCUCCACCCCCACCCCCACCCCUCUUCUCCUCCCACUCCACCCCCACCCCAUCUGUCUCCUCCCUCCACCCCCACCCCACCACCCUCUGUCUCCUCCCUCCUCCCUCCACCCCCACCCCUCUGUCUCCUCCCUCCACCCCCACCACCACCCCUCUGUCUCCUCCCUCCACCCACCACCCCCACCCCUCUGUCUCUUUCUCUCUUUCACACUCUCUCCUUCACCUCCCUCUCUCUCUGUCAGAUGUGUUGGUGACGUUCUACAGGCCCUCCUCCUUCAUGCGCUUGUCGUUGACUUCCUGCCAGCCUCUGUUUGAGGAGCUCCUCCUCCUGCUGCAGCCCCUCAGUCUCCUGACCCUUAACCUCGACCUGCUCUUCCAGCACCACCACCUGGAGCCUGCCAAUCACAGCCCAGAGAUCCUCAGCCCACCUAAUCAGGACCUGGGAUUCAGGCUCUCGCCCCGGGGGUCCGCUUCCCAAGGCAGGGGCAGCAGUUAUCUCGAGAGUCUAUCAGAGCUGGACUUUGGGAGCGUGGAACCCGAGGUGACCAAUCGUAAUGCAAGCUCGUCGUCCCUGGCCAACUCGGGGGUGGGAGGGUUGGUGGAGUCACUGAAGCCAGCGAGUCUCAGCGUGGGGCCUGCGAAGGUCUCUGGGGGUCUUGCGGAGACGAGUCCUCAGCUGAUGUGGGUUCAGGAGAAAGAAAUUAGGGAGCUAGCACCUCCUAAUGUUGAGGAGGCCAGUCUCUCCCAACAGGCAGGACAGGUGAGCACAAUUCAAUGGCUCUUUUUUCCCUGAAGUGUGUGUAUUAGUGUGUGUGUGUAUUAGUGUGUGUGUGUGUGUGUUUGAAUGCAUGUGUGAGUGUCCGUGCCACACAGCACUUUUCUGAGCUGUUAUUCUCUCUCUAGGUGAUCCAGCAGGGAUGGGGGGCUGUGGUACGCUGGGGGGGCAAGCUGGGCCAGAACCUGGCUGAACUCAGCCUGUCUGCAGUACAGAACCAGAACGGGACAUCCAGAGACCCCCCAGAGCCCCAGGCCAGUACCCAGGCCAGGAGUGACCCUCCUCAGGUCGAUGGAGCAUUGGCGGUCCCCUGGGGUUUGGGACGGCUGUUUGGAGCCUCCAAUAACCCCACGAUACCCACACUUUCAACCAGGUGAGCUGGUGUGUCUGUAAGUGUUUGUGUGAUAGAGUUUUAUGAUACUAUACCGUUUAAGUAUCUUACUCUUAUUAUUGAUGUAUCUCUCUCCCUCCCCAGACGUCCGUCUCAGUGGUUGUCUCCAGGGGUGUCUGUUCUGACCCGGAUGGUGAGCAGCAGUUCCAGCGCUAACCAGAGGAGGGCGCUGGAGCCCCAGCAGGUAGAAGAGGUGGUAGAGAGAGAGAAGGAAGAGACAUGGGACAACCCAAGACCCCUCAGGUAUUGUAAAAAUUAGGAAAGUUAUUUACAUUUACAUUUUAGUCAUUUAGCAGACGCUCUUAUCCAGAGCGACUUACAGGAGCAAUUAGGGUUAAGUGCCUUGCUCAAGGGCACAUUUACGUCAUUUAGCAGACGCUCUUAUCCAGAGCAACUUACAAAUUGGUGCAUUCACCCUAUAGCCAGUGGGAUAACCACUUUCCAAAAUAAAAAAAUUUUUUUGGGGGGGGUAAAAUGAUUACUUUAUCCUAUCCCAGGUAUUCCUUAAAGAGGUGGGGUUUCAAAUGUCUCCGGAAGGUGGUGAGUGACUCCGCUGUCCUGGCGUCGUGAGGGAGCUUGUUCCACCAUUGGGGUGCCAGAGCAGCGAACAGUUUUGACUGUGCUGAGCGGGAACUAUGCUUCCGCAGAGGAAGGGGAGCCAGCAGGCCAGAGGUGGAUGAACGCAAUGCCCUCGUUUGGGUGUAGGGACUGAUCAGAGCCUGAAGGUACGGAGGUGCCGUUCCCCUCACUGCUCCAUAGGCAAGCACCAUGGUCUUGUAACGGAUGCGAGCUUCAACUGGAAGCCAGUGGAGUGUGCGGAGGAGGGGGGUGACGUGGGAGAACUUGGGAAGGUUGAACACCAGACGGGCUGCGGCAUUCUGGAUGAGUUGUAGGGGUUUAAUGGCACAGGCAGGGAGCCCAGCCAACAGCGAGUUGCAGUAAUCCAGACGGGAGAUGACAAGUGCCUGGAUUAGGACCUGUGCCGCUUCCUGUGUAAGGCAGGGUCGUACUCUCCGAAUGUUGUAGAGCAUGAACCUGCAGGAUCGGGUCACCGCCUUGAUGUUAGCGGAGAACGACAGGGUGUUGUCCAGGGUCACGCCAAGGCUCUUCGCACUCUAGAUUACAUGUUUAGUUUGUUCAGUUCAGACAUCAGUUCAGUUGUCAUGACUGUCUAUUAUGACUGUGUUAUGUCAUUCUUAUGAGACUUCUUUUUCUCUCUUUCUCAGGUCAGUCAGAACACUAUGCGACCACUCUGGCACAGGGGCGGAGCUAAGCUUCCAGAAAGGGGAGGAGUUAUUGGUUUUAGGGGGUGUCGAUCACGACUGGAUUCGCUGUCGUCAGGGAGACCGAGAGGGGCUCGUGCCCAUUGGCUACGCCUCCCUGAUCAUGUGAUUUCAGACGCCUGAUCAGAGUUUUGAUUGUUAUAAUAUAUCUGGGGGAGGGAAAAUGAAGUCAUAAAGCUAUAAUGUAUUUAGGCAACCAUUGAGAGGCUGUGGCGAAGUCCCAAUGCUCUCAGAUAAAUAGUUCACCCCCGAAUCUAAGUUCAAAUCACGUUUUUAUACCUCUAAAGUGGUCCAAAGUCGUAAGUCAGGGUUCCCCAACUGGCGGCCUGUGAUUUUAUUUGGCCCCCCAAGU